AUUAAAAAAUUAAAUUAUUUAACAAUAAAAGUGUCUUAUUUUAAAUAAAUAAAUUAUACAAAAUAUCAAUUCUUUAAAAAAAAGAAUUGUCAAUUUACAGAAUUUUUUUUCCCAAUUAAUAAAUAAUUUUCUGAAAAUAAUUAAAUGAAAACAUUGUUAGAUUGACAAGUGGCAAAUAACAAUAGGACUAUAUAAAUAUCCACAUCUUAGAUGUUGUAGUCCUCACCACAGCUCGAGCUUUCCCUUUCUCCUCCCUUCAUAUUAUCUUCUAAUCCAACAGAGCUGUGUGCGAAGCCACAGAAAGCUUUUACACAAACCCACUUAAAAGAAACAGAGAGAGAUGCGUAGCUAUGGCUUAAUCAUCCCUGGAAGCGAUGCCUCUCGCUUCUGCUUCUCCUCCACUGUUGCCUCUCCCACCGUAACGUCCAAGUCGGACCCAAUUCUCCGCUUUAAGCCAGUUACACGUUUCCCACGCGCGUCGUUCAAAACGAAGGCUGCUGUGCAGGAAAGAAUCGCCGCCGACAUGAGCUUCUAUGAGCUGCUGGGAAUUACUGAGUCCGGUACCUUGAUUGAGAUAAAGCAGGCUUAUAAGCAGCUCGCCAGGAAGUACCACCCUGACGUGUCGCCGCCGGAUCAGGUUGAGGAGUACACCCAGAGGUUUAUUCAGGUUCAGGAGGCUUAUGAGACUCUCUCGGAUCCUAGAAGGAGAGCUCUUUAUGAUCGGGACAUGGCUCGGGGUCUUCACCUCGCCUUCUCUGCUAGGAGACGAUACCAGAACGAUGAGGAACUGGGAGUGAGAGGCAAGUGGAAGAAUCGCUGGGAAGAUCAGCUAUCCGAAUUGAAGAGAAGAAGCAUGAACAAGGAUGCAGAAGGGAACAUGUCAUGGGCAGCUCGCAUGCGCAGGCAACGGGAACGAAUGUCACAGGAAGUUUAAAUGGGUUCUUGUUUUGUUCUGUAUAUACACGUCUUUCAAUUUUCUACGUGGUUGGUACUCUGAGAGAGAGAGAGAGGGAGUGAUGAAGAUGCUUUCUGGUUAAGCAUUUUAAUGAAACAGCUAAGUAUACCUGCUUAUGCUAACCACACAGAUAUGGAAAAUCGGAAAUCAGAAAUCUUGUAUAGUUGUUUUUCUGGCCAUGUCAAUGAUACGUAUUUGCCGGCUUUUUAUGCUGUAUAUAA